CUUACAUUUAGGUAUUAGGCACUAUACACCCACUCAGCCAUGUCACGCGCCGUUACGGUCUUGUCGGUCGUGGCGUCUGCUGUCUAUGCGUCCACCACCACCAAGUCGUACGAGACCAAAUCGGGCGUUCUUCCAUGGGUGGACGUGGAUACGCCCAGCAAGGCGAAGACACACCAGUCGUCGCGCGGCGAGACGUGGACGCUCAUCAUGAGCGACGAGUUCAACAAGGAAGGACGCAGCUUCGACGCCGGCGAGGACCAUCUCUGGACGGCUGUCGACAAGCCCGACGGUGUGAACGCAGCUCUGGAAAUCUACUACCCGAAUAUGACAGGAACAGCGUGUGACGACGACGGUCACUGCUACUUUUACAUUGAAUCGGACAUCCACGAGACGAACCUCACAGUCUGGAACGAGUACAUCUCGCCCCCUGGCUACGAGGACGUCACGUUUUACUAUCGAUCUGCUAUGGUGCAGGGGUGGAACAAAUUCUGUUUCCAAGGAGGCCUCGUCACGGUCCGGGCCCAAUUGCCCGGCGCCGUCACCAACGCUUCCGGUAACCCGGACAUUGAAACCGGGUCUACCAGCGUCCGUGCAACUAGUAUCGACUACUACCCGACGUGGCCCGGUAUCUGGUUGAUGGGUAACCUCGGUCGCGCCAUUUUCACGGGCUCCACGGCUCGAAUGUGGCCGUUCUCAUACAACGAGUGCAACGAUACUAUCUUCGACUCGCAGAACCAACGGAUCAGCGCCUGUGACGACGACCCGGGCUCUGGGAUGAACCCGAACCAAGGUCGUGGCGCGCCGGAGAUUGACAUUCUCGAGGGAGGAGGCACAGCUAUCUCGUCGUCGAUUCAGGUGGGACCGGGCAUGCCCGACGACUUCCGCAUGAUCGCGGACAACUCGUCGGCGUAUUGUUUCUACCGCUAUGACUGUACGACCCAAGGAGCGAACAACCAGGACGUCCCGACCAAAUACUACUUGAACCUACGUGGCCACAAGUCGUGGUACCAGGGACUUCGAUACGCCGCCAAUAACCUGUGCGACGUAGAGAGUGAAGACGUCCAGAGCUUCGCCACUAUCAACGCGUCGGUGACCAAGGGCAUCACGGAGAACGCGUGCACGAUGGAUUUGUUCCACUGGGGAGUCAACAGCAACGGCACGUGCUUCCCCAAGCAGAACGCCUACAUGGGUGCCUAUCUGUGCAACGCUGGUAACACGGGCUCGAAAUGUACUGAAUCGGGCGGAUUCACGAGCUCUGGAUCGGAAUUCACGUACCAAAUGGACGCGAUUUCUUCCAAUUGGGAAGUGCACAUGGCGGCGUAUCUGGACUGGGUGACGUACUCUUUGGAGUGGGUUACAGGCGCCUCGGGUUACAUUCGGUGGGAGGUGGAAGGACAGGUUAUCUUUGAGAUCCCGUCGGAAUCGAUCACCCAUCCGCCUCAGGACACGACGCAGAUGAACCCGAAGAAGUUGAUGGUUGAGGAGCCCAUGUACUUCAUCUUCAACGUUGCGUUGUCCAGUUCCUGGGGCUCCAAACCGCCGAACGCAAGCUCGAGCGGCUGCUACGGCGACGGCACGGACAAUAACACGAACGCUAUCUGCAACGCGUUUCCGAUGUUCAUGAAAAUCGACUACAUUCGCGUGUACCAGGACGUGUCUGCAGGCUCUUCGAUGGCGUACGGAUGCGACCCGUCCUCCCACCCGACCAAGCGGUGGAUUGAGGACCACAUCGACGACUACCAGGACGACGACAACCUGGUCGUGGAGGUAUCGGGGAUGGCGCUCUGCAAGUCGGACGACGACUGUACUAUCUCGACUAGCGGAUCCUCAGCUGUGACGACGGGUACGUGCAACUCCGACGGCCGUUGCGAAUGCUCUUCGGACUCGUGGACAGGACCGCGAUGCACGGAAACCGCUAGCAACGAAGACGGCGACAACCUGUAUGGUCCCCCGAUCCUCGUUGCUCUUUUGAUCGCUGGAGUGGUCUGUGUGGCCACCUUCAUCACCGUCUUGUACAAGGUGACGCAGGCCAAACGUAAUAGCGCUCGAUUGCGCGAGCAGACACUGAAGAUGGAGCACGCCAAGCAUAUUCAGACCACUGGCGCCGACUCGAUGGACGACGUCGGGAAAGUGGCAAACUCUUAA